AUGCCUGUUGAAACCGCCUACGACCCCAAGGACAUGCUGUUCCGCCACCUGGGACCUACUGGUCUCAAGGUCAGUGUCUUCAGUCUCGGUGGCUGGUUGACCUACGGCGGUACGCAAAAGGGCGAUAUCGUGAAGCAGAUUCUUCAAAAGGCUUGGGAUCAUGGUGUCAACACUUUCGAUACCGCUGAGGUUUACGCCAAUGGUGAAUCUGAGGUCGAGAUGGGCCGUGCUCUCAAGGAACUCGGCUGGCCUCGUGAUGAGUACGUCCUCACCACAAAGGUCUUUUUCGGUACUGGCCGCAAGGAGCCCAACACUCGAGGUCUCAGCCGCAAGCACGUCGUCGAGGGUCUCAAGAGCUCUCUCAAGCGUCUCGAGCAGCCUUACGUCGAUGUUGUCUUUGCUCACCGUCCCGACUACGCUACUCCCAUGAAGGAGAUCGUUGAGGGAUUUACUCAGGUCAUUCGCAACUUGAACCUUGCUUACUACUGGGGUACUUCUGAGUGGACCGCUGCUCAGAUUACCGAGGCUACUCACAUUGCUGAGCGCUACAACCUCAUUGCUCCUGUCGUUGAGCAGCCUCAGUACAAUGCUUUCCACCGUGAGCGCUUCGAGGUCGAGUACGCUCCUCUCUUCAACCAAUUCGAGUACGGCACCACAAUCUGGUCCCCUCUCGCUUCCGGCCUCUUGACCGGCAAGUACAACAACGGAAUUCCCGAAGACUCCCGAUUUGCCACCAACAAGGCCUUCUUCGAGAACACCGUCAACGAGCUUCAAACUGAAGCUGGCAAGGCCAAGAUCGAAAAGGUCAAGAAGCUCUCUGAAGUCGCUGAGCGUCUCGGCGGAAACGUCGCCCAGCUCUCUCUCGCAUGGGCCCUCAAGAACCCCAAUGUCAGCACUGUCAUUCUCGGUGCGACAAAGGUUGAGCAGCUUGAGGAUAACUUCAAGGCGCUGGAGAUUUACAAGAAGAUCGAUGAUAAGGUUUUGGAGGAGAUUGAGAAGAUCCUUGAUAACAAGCCCAAGCCUGCUCCUACUUACAACCGUGAGAGGUAA